UCCAGGAAUUCUGGCAAGACCAACAGAGUCUGACAAGAAGGAUUUGGCAGAUCAAGGAUUUCAAAUGAUAAGGAUAGUAGUGAACAAUUUGUAUCCGUUUGCCAAAACUAUAGCCAAACCAGAUGUGUUUGUACCAGAAGCUGUAGAACAGAUUGAUAUUGGAGGUGUUACACUUCUAAGAGCUGCAGCAAAGAAUCAUGCAAGAGUAACAGUGGUCUGUGAUCCUAAAGACUAUAAAAGAGUGUUGGAAGAACUUCAGACAUCUGAUGAUAAGGACACAAAACUUGAAACCAGGCAGAAACUUGCUGUAAAGGCUUUCAACCACACUGCGGAGUAUGAUGGAAUGAUCUCGGACUAUUUCCGUCGCCAGUUCAGUGAAGGAGUCUCUCAGUUGCCAUUGCGGUAUGGCAUGAACCCUCACCAGAAACCAGCACAGAUUUCUACUCUACUAGCUGAACUGCCAUUGAAAGUUAUAAAUGGUUCCCCAGGAUUUAUCAAUCUGUUAGAUGCAUUAAAUGGCUGGCAGCUGGUAAAGGAACUGAAGUCAGCUUGUGGUACUGCUGCGGCAACCUCCUUCAAACAUGUCAGUCCAGCUGGUGCAGCUAUUGGUGGACAAGGAAUGUCUGAGGAAGAUAGUAAAGUAUGUAUGGUAGAUGAUAUGGAGAAUUUAUCUCCCUUAGCUGAAGCCUACGCUAGGGCAAGGGGUGCAGACAGGAUGUCAUCAUUUGGAGAUUUUAUCUCACUAUCUGAUGAAUGUGAUGUUCCUACUGCAAAGAUAAUCUCUAGAGAGGUCUCAGAUGGAGUUAUUGCCCCUGGAUAUGCACCAGAAGCUUUAGAAAUCCUGAAGAAGAAAAAGAAUGGAAACUAUUGUGUCCUGGAGAUUGAUCCAGAAUAUGAGCCCCCAGAGAUGGAGACAAGAACAUUGUUUGGUCUUCAGAUGACACAGAAAAGAAAUGAUGCCAACAUCAACAAACUUGUCUUCAAAAAUGUUGUCACUUCAAAAUCAGAGGUGUCAGAGAAGAAUGUUAGAGAUCUUAUUGUUGCCAGUAUAACAUUAAAGUAUACACAAUCCAACUCUGUUUGUUAUGCUAAAAAUGGUCAGGUUAUUGGAAUAGGAGCCGGGCAACAGUCUAGAAUUCAUUGUACUAGAUUAGCUGGGGACAAGGCUAAUAACUGGUGGUUAAGACAGCAUCCCAAAGUGAUGAACAUGAAGUUUAAGAAGGGAACAAAGAGAGCCGAGAUGGCUAAUGCCAUAGAUCAGUUUGUACUGGGAACUGUUGGUGUGGAUUCAGACAGAGCAAGUUGGGAGAGUGUGUAUGAUGAAGUACCAGAAAUGCUUACAGAGGCAGAAAGGAAGGAAUGGAUCUCCCAGUUGAAAGGUGUGGCACUCAGUUCUGAUGCUUUCUUUCCAUUCAGAGACAACAUUGACAGGGCAGUACAGAGUGGAGUUGAGUUUAUAGCUGCACCAGGGGGCUCCACUAAUGAUGAGGGUGUGAUCAAAGCAUGUGAUGACCACGGCAUAGCUAUGAUUCAUACCAAUCUUAGACUCUUCCAUCACUAAAUGCACAAGAUAUGUCUUUAAAAAAAGAAGAAGAAAAACAAUUAUUUGACAAUUUGAUGAAUUUAGUCCUGAAUUUUAAAAAGAAACAUUAUUUGGUAGCAAUUUUAGUGCUAGAUUAUAAUUGUAUAUAAUCAUACUUGUUUGCAAAAGUACAAUCAGAGUUCCUUCCUAGCUAUAUAGUCAUGUUUUUUCCAUGUGAUUAUUUUAGAAUGUAGAUAGGAUAUCUAAGGUACAAAUUAUUU